ACGACAGCGACAGAGACGAAGGAUGGCGAGCACUCGGCGGUCGACUCGGGUGCCGUUCCUCCCGGGGAACUCGUUCACGGACCCGUCAAAGAAGCGGUUCCACAAGUCGCAGGCGCUACAGUUUACCAUGGGCGGGGCGGUGCGUGUGGUGGACGACAGCAAGCCCAAGAUCGGCGGCGAGCCGACGACGGCGAGCAUUGCAUCUGCGCGUGCGCGGGCCGGCACGUCUGCGGCGUUGUACCCAACAAGCGGAGCUGGGAACGGUGAGGCGCUGCCUGCGUGGGUGGCGUUUGACCGGCAGGUCCUUGCGUUUGACGGUUACUUUAUGGAGGGCGUGACCGAGGCGCGGCACGAGGCGUACCGGGUGCGGCCGGUCAAAGUCUUCUUCUACCUGGCGGACGACACGCUGCAGAUUGUGGAGCCCAAGGUGGGCAACUCGGGCCUCCCGCAGGGCACGCUUGUGCGGCGGCACAAGGUGCCGCUUGGCGAGCCUGCGGACGGGCGUUUCUACACAGUCGGCGAUCUCAACGUGGGGAUGGACAUUGUGGUGUACGCCAAGACGUUCCGGCUCACCGGCGCCGACGGCUUUACGCGCGACUUUCUGGGCAAGCUCGGCAUUGAGGUGCCUGUUGACGAGGGAGUGCCUGCGGAUCCGUACAUGAGCCAUCGGCGGGCGGUUACUGACGGCGCGCACUCGGUGGUAGGCGGGAGCGCGAGUCUCGGCACAUCGAUCGACGGGGCGGUCAAGGUGCGGUCCAACCUCCGGCAAUUCCUGGAGAACGACCGCAAGGUCCUGCGGUUUUUCUGCAUUUGGGAUGACACGCCGUCGAUGUAUGGCGACGAACGGCUGAUGGUGCUCAACUACUACCUGGCGACCGACAAGGUCGAGGUCCGUGAGCAGAUUCCGCAGAACUCGGGCCGCGAUCCGGUGCCGCAGUUUAUGAAGGCCUCGCGGCUGCCCAAGAUUCCGCUCGGCCUCCCGCCAGUCGGCUCUGCGCGGGCGGAGCACGACCCGGCGCUGUACUACACGCCGGCAGACUUUCACAUCGGCGAGGUUAUCAACGUGUACGGGCGGCCGAUGAAGAUCUAUGAUAUGGACUCGUUUACUCGCUCGUGGUACUCGGAGAACUUUGGCCUGAGCGCGGCCGACAUGGCGCCGUUGCCGCCGCCCAACUCGGGGCGGACCGGCGUGGUGCUGGAGCGCGAGAUCCCGCCGCCGACCGGCUACGGCUCGGAAGCCGACUCGCUGGCGUGCAUGCACUCACUCAUGCCGCGCCCGCCGCGGCGCGACAUGGCCAAGAUGCGAGCCAACGAGGGCAAGGCUCUCCGCUUUGCCGCGCAGUUUGUCGACCCGUCGCGCGUCGAUCGCGACCGGCGCUUUGUCGUCUCGUUCCACCUCGCCAACGACACCGUCUCAGUCUUUGAGCCGCCGGUUCGCAACUCGGGCCGGCUCGGUGGCAAGUUUAUCGAGCGCGACGAGGCCAAGAAGCCCGACGGCUCGCCGUACACGCCGGCCGACUUUUUCGUCGGCGCCGUUGUCUCGGUCCGCUCCUUCCGCUUCCUCCUCAUCGACGCCGACGAGUUUGCCCUCUCGUACAUGGAGGAGCGCCCGGCCGAGUUCCCGCACUCGUCGCUUCCGCACGUCAUCGACAACGUCAUCUCGCAGCUUGUUGCCGGCGAGGUUCCACCCGACUCGGUCAUUGCCGCCUUUUCCUCGUCGGCUGCCGGCCGGAACUCGGUCGAGCCGGCCGUCUUCCAGGCAUGCCUUGCCGAGCUUGGCAUCAAGCUGGGUGGGCAGGAGCUGCUCACGCUCAUGCGCUCGUUUGAUCCCAACGGGGAGGCCCGCAUCCAGUACGGCCUCUUCCUCGACGCUAUCGGCAUCGGCCAGGCUCAGGGCUAGCCGAGCCCUUUGCUCAUUGAUUGAAGUUUGUUCACAUGGC